CAAUGACUAGAACAUUAUAAAAGCCAACCUUUUCUUUCGCUGGGUGCUCACAGUUCACCACUGCAGCCUCAGGAUGUUAAAGUUUGUGUUGCUGUUCCUGACCCUGUCAGGUCUCCAAGCUCUUCCAAUCGCAGCUCCUGGACAGCGAAUGUCUUUGCCUGACCGUCACCCAGAUGGCUUUAAACGGAGCGUUGAACACGCCGGCGUCCGUGAAAGUGUUCCUGCUGGAUUCAGACAAGGAACGGAGCCGUCCAGGAAGUUCCUUGUUGACCUGAACACUGGACUUGUUAAGGAACACAUCAGUGAGAUGGAAAGGAGAGUUGUCCCUGUCGACGUUCCAGCCCAGAGAAGAGGAGCAGGCUGGGUUCGAGUGGAGAAACCCUCAACUGUUGAAGUUCCUGAAACUCUUAGACAAGAAACUAAGUCCAGAAUGUCCAUCCCAGUUGGUUUUAGACAGGGAACCGAGCCAAAGAUGUCCAUCCCAGUUGGUUUCAGACAGGGAACCGAGCCAAAGAUGUCCAUCCCAGUUGCCUUCAGACAGGGAACCGAGCCAAAGAUGUCCAUCCCAGUUGCCUUCAGACAGGGAACCGAGCCAAAGAUGUCCAUCCCAGUUGCCUUCAGACAGGGAACCGAGCCAAAGAUGUCCAUCCCAGUUGACUUCAGACAGGGAACCGAACCAGAAAUGUCCCACCUAAUUGAGCUCAGAAAGGAAGCUCAGCAAAAUAUGCAGGUUCCAGUUGCUUUCAGACUGGAAACUGGACCAAAAUGGUCACUGCCAAUUGGUUUUAGACAGGGAACUGAACCAAAGAUGUCCAUCCCAGUUGGUUUUAGACAGGGAACCGAGCCAAAGAUGUCCAUCCCAGUUGCCUUCAGACAGGGAACUGAACCAAAGAUGUCCAUCCCAGUUGCCUUUAGACAGGGAACUGAAUCAAAGAUGUCCAUCCCAAUUGCCCUUAGGCAGGGAACUGAAUCAAAGAUGUCCAUCCCAGUUGCCUUCAGACAGGGAACUGAACCAAAGAUGUCCAUCCCAGUUGCCUUCAGACAAGGAACCGAGCCAGAAAUGUCCAUCCCAGUUGCCUUCAGACAGGGAACCGAGCCAAAGAUGUCCAUCCCAGUUGCCUUCAGACAGGGAACCGAGCCAAAGAUGUCCGUCCCAGUUGCCUUCAGACAAGGAACUGAGCCAAAGAUGUCCAUCCCAGUUGCCUUUAGACAGGGAACCGAGCCAAAGAUGUCCAUCCCAACUGACUUCAGACAGGGAACUGAGCCAGAAAUGUCCCACCUAAUUGAGCUCAGAAAGGAAGCUCAGCAAAAUAUGCAGCUUCCAGUUGCUUUCAGACAGGCAACUAGAGUCCAUACCCACAAAAUGGCCUGUAACGGGGAGAUCAUCAGUGGAAAAUGUUACAAGUUCAACCCCAAUUCGCUGUCCUACAAAGAUGCCCAGGCCUUUUGCAGAAAUCUGGCUCCCGAUGCUGAGCUUGCCUCUAUAACAAACAGAGACCUCCAUUCCCGACUGGUUUCCCUGGUGACCAAAGGAGGCGAGAACGACCCUGUGUUGACCUGGUUGGGAGGCAUAGUCAAGAACCAGCAGGCCUCGUGGGUCGACGGGUCAAAAUGGAGCUACAGCGACUGGAUGCCGGGACACCCCAACAUUCACACUGACAAACCCGCCUGUGUGGAGAUGUUCAAGAUCGAUGAGAGCUGGUGGAGCGUGGCGGAUUGUGAACUGAAGAGGGCGUCCCUCUGCUCGUACCCAGUCACUGCGUAAAAAAAUCAAAGAAACAGGAAGUGAUGUCAGAUGUCUCUCCUACAGCGAAAGAGUAUCUCCAAAUCUGCUGUACUCCUCAGAUUGAGCUACUUACCGCAUCAUGAUUGAAUCUCCUUAAAUAAAACCAAGCAUGACACAAAUAAA